UUUAAUUAAUAUUAAAUUAUAUAUAAUAUAUAAUAGAAUAUUACAGUAAAAACAAUUUAUAUUUACUAUUUUGGUGAAUAAUUUACAAGAGAAUAUGUAUUUGUUUUGACAUAUUUAAAUGGCUGAUGAAUUGAUAAAUGCAGGUGUUCAUUCAGCCACAUUCACAUUGAAAAACAACUGUGCCUUCACCAUCUGGCCAAGAAUCCUAACCGGAAAAGGCAAACUAAUUUUGUCCGGAUUGGAGUUGGUCUCCCAAGCAUCAUCAACCUCAGACAUGUCUCCUCCAUGGUCAGGCCGCAUGUGGGCUCAGAGCAAUAGCACCAAGAAUGCCUGUGGAAAGUUCACUUGUGCCACAACAGAUUGCGGUGCUCCUGCGGUUGAGUGCAAUUGUGCUGGCGGAAUCCCACCUACUUCACUUGUCGUGUUCACACUAGCGGAAAACGGGGGACAAGAUUUUUAUAACGUUAGUCUUCUUGAUGGCUUCAACUUGCCUCUUUCGAUUACCCCACAAGGUGGAACCGACACUUGUCCGUCCACUAGUUGUCCGAAGAAUGUGAACUUGACUUGCCCAUCGGAGCUGGCGGUGAGCGACUCCACUGGGAGUGUUAUUGUGUGCAAGAGCGCCUGUUUGACCUUUAAUCAAUCUCAAUAUUGCUGCACUGGAGAUUUUUGUUUGCCAGAAACUUGUCCGACGACUACUUAUUCUAAAAUAUUUAAAAAAGAAAGAAUAAACUUAAAACUUUUCUUAGGAAGGUUACCUGGGCUGCAGCUCAGGCUAUUCGGGACUGCAUUAGAGAUCCCUUGCCCUUCACGAAAGCAAGAAAAAAUAUAAAUUUUCCGCAUGAAAAGAAAGCAG